UAAAUUUGUGUGCUGCAUAAAAAAAAAAAAAUUAUUUACUUCCCUUUUUCUUUUUACUUAUGACUCUUUUCCCACCAGAAGAAUAUUUGCGUACUUUACCAGCUAUUCGUGAACAAUGUCGCAAAGUUUACGACCAAGUUAGAUCUGGUCAUCCUAGCUGCUCUUUCCAAAUAGAUGAAGCUGCCUUACCACGUAUUGUAGAGCAUGUUACAACGACUACGCUCAACCGAUAUCCAAACCUGAACACUAUUCCACCUCAUUCACGGUUACGCCAUUUUGAUCCUAAUAAUCAACUUUUUGCAGAGUUUGAAACAAAAACGGAUAAAGUAGAAGCCACUCGAGGCCUUGUUGAUCUUGUUUUGGUCUCUGUCCUGUUGGAUGCAGGUGCGGGUUCUGACUGGAAAUAUAGGUCGCAAGAUGGCAAAAGGAUAGGGAGAUCUGAGGGCCUUGCAUUAGCUUCAUUUGAUAUGUUUGUACAAGGAUAUUUUUCCAAAGAUAUGAAACCUGUUGUUGAUGUACAAGGAUUAAGGUCGUUAACGGUUGAACAAAUGCAGAAAGGUUUUCAGGUCACAGACAAGAAUUUCAUGGUUGGUUUAGAAGGCCGUACAAACCUUCUAAAGAGUUUAGCAAACGUAUUGGAUAGUCAACCUACCUAUUUUCCUAUUGCAAACAAUGAAUCACGACGACCUGGUCAUCUCAUCGAUUAUAUCUUGUCCUCUGCAAAGGAUGAGUCAUCCAUACAUAUUAACAAGAUUUGGGAAGCUGUAAUGAGCUUGGGCGAUAUAUGGCCCAGUCGUAUCAAAUUAAAUGGAAUCCCUCUUGGGGAUGUAUGGCCAUACCUUGAUGAUCAUGAGCUUAUCCCCUUUCAUAAACUCUCACAAUGGUUAACCUAUUCUUUAGUUGAAGUUAUUGAGACUUAUUUAGGUUUGAGAGUGACAGGAACAGAAUUGUUAACGGGGUUACCAGAAUACCGUAAUGGGGGGCUAUUGGUUGAUUAUGGAUUGCUCAAGUUAAAGGAGUCUAAGAUUAAGGAGAGACAGGAUGGAUUACCGAUCUUUGAAGGGUCAGAUCCUACUAUCGUUGAAUGGCGUGCAUUGACUGUAAUUUACUUGGAUAGAAUUAAAGAAGAAGUUGAAAUUAAGUUAGAUAGAAAGUUGGACUUGGCACAGGUACUUGAAGGAGGAACAUGGACAGCGGGAAGAGAAAUAGCUGCAAGAUUGAGACCUAAUAAUGGCGGUCCACCCAUUAUUAUUAAGAGUGAUGGAACUAUUUUUUAAUAUACUUUAUGUAAAAUAAAAAAUACAUGCAUAAUAUGACAGUAUUAUAAAUAAACUUACAUGUUAAAUCAUGAUGGAUUGAAUAUAGUAAAUAUGCAAAUAUAUAUGGUCAUUUUCACAUAUUAUUGAUGCUUAUUCAUUCCGU